AUGCUUCCAAGCUUAAUUAAAAAUGUCUGGGUCCUCAAGAAGCCAUACUAUGUCCAAAUUUACCAGGAGAUUUGGGUAGGAAUGGGGUUGAUGAGCUUCAUUGUUUAUAAAACCAGAAGUGCUGAUAAAAGAAGUAAAGCCUUAAAAGGUUCUAGUCCUGCACCUGCUCAUGGUCAUCAUUUACCAGCUGUCUUGAGUGCACGUGAGAUGAAACAUCACUGCCUGUAA